AUGUCAGCGAAUGAACACACACGUGAUAGCUUGACAAACACAAUAAUGCCUUCGCAAUCAAAUGAAAUGCUUUCCUACGAUGUCUUCGGUGAUAGUUCGCAUCUAGCCACCUGCUCAGAAAGUGACAACCUAUUUCAAGAAGAUUCGGGUAAAUAUGAUCUUGACACGGUAUCGGUUUUCGUCGCCAAAUUAUACCAGUUACUCGAUGGUGAUGAGUACAAGGAAUAUCUCACGUGGAAUGAAACCGGGGACGUGUUUGUGAUUUGUAAUAUGGACGAGUUUGCACAGAAUGUACUACCAAAGUACUUUAAACAUUGCAAAUUCACUUCCUUUGUCCGUCAACUCAAUAUCUAUGGAUUCUAUCGAGUUUCGGAUGCGCGCAAGUCAAAACAUGUUCGAAGCAAACACGCCUGUGUAUUUUCACACUCUCAAUUCAGACGUGGUCGACAGGAUCUACUGCCAAAUAUCCGUCGCAAGGUAACCAAAAAUUUGAGAAAGACACGACGUCAGGAACCUUCAAUAUUAAAGAAUCAGGGUGAACCAAACCCGGUUUCUCCCCCGCCCUCUGUCUAUGGGUCUCCUACCAACAGUAAGGAUGGAAGCAUAGCGAAAGAUGCCACGUCACACUACCUGAUAAAUUCCUUCACCGAAUCCAAAGAUUUUGCGACGCAUGUCGAUAAGUCUGAGAGUGAGAGUGCUAUGCGUAGACGAAUUGCUGAAUUAACUGAAACCACUGAGAAUUUACGGAAGGAUCUAAAGAAUAUGAAUGAUAUCGUUAAUGAACGUUUACUUCCCGAAGUUCGAAGUUUAACCGAAGACUUGCACAAACAGCAUGUUCACCUGAUGGAAUUGACCCAAUUAGUAGCUUACCAUUCUUCUCCAGAAGGCAUCCAACUACUGCAAGAGGUCAAUCGUGGGUACACCAAGCAUAUGUUAUCACACGACCUACCGUCGGCAAAGCGUAUGCGUCUUGACAAUAAACGAACGGCCUCCGUAAAAACGGAACAGUCAAAUCUAUCUUCAUCAGCGGUUACCACCAAUACGCCUACUGUUCCAUCGUCGGUUGCUAAUGUACCUACCGUUCCUUCUUCAUCAGUUCCUGCCUCUUAUGAUAACAUCUUCACAGGCAAUAGUUUGAUGAACGCAUCCUCCCCGACCACUGACCCUUCAGCCGAAAGAACACCCUCAGUAUCACAACAAUUAACAAUACCAAGGGACACUCACGCAUUCGAUCUUCCGGGAUCUUCGAUUAUUGAUGAAUUCCAACAUUCCCCGCAUAGCGCUCACCCUUGUGUGUCAGGUUUCAACGAGUCCUGGAGCCCAACUUGUCACUCGUCCGUCCUCGUAUCCGAUCCUGUCAAUACAGUUCCAAAUCCUUUCCUGUUUUCGACGGCGACUUCCGAUCACUCCCCAAUAAUGUAUUCCCCCACUUCAAAUAAAAAUUCCUCACCACACUCGCAACACGAACAACUUUCACCUCCCGCUUCCUCUGUAGCUCCCUCGUUGAGUCCUGCCGAAUAUAAUGAUAGCACUACGAAUCCGGUUGAUUUAAUUUCAAAUGCUGUGACCGUUGCUUCAAAUUCAAGUGAUGAUCGUCACAACGGUAGCUCAAACGGUGAUGUGGUCGUUGCUGUGUCCCCGACGUCAACCACGUCGUCUUCCCCAACGUCACAGGCGACCGCGACGUUGACAAAUUUCUAUCAACCUCCGAUAUUGGAUAUCUACAAUCCAUUUCAUAGCUAUUAG